GCUGUUUAGAGGUCUUUUUCUCCAGACGAAGGCAGCGAAAAUAAUCAAUCAUCAAAUCUCAAACUCCAUUAUUCAUGUGUCUUUGUUCUCUCUGGAAGAGGUGGUGGCCUGUGGCGGUCGUGGGGAGGUCGAGGAGGACAAAGGAUCUGUAUCCUUCAUCAUAUUCCGACAAAGAUCCACAAAUGUGCACCAAACUCGUAACCAGCAUGGCCUGCGGGCACACCUUCACGAGGGUUGCAGCCCAACGCAGCUCUUGCAGCUCACCUUGCAGCACCCCGUCUCUUCAGCACAAGUACAUCAACGAUACUUGCGCGAAAUGUGAUCCGGAGAGUCGGCGACGGCGCGUGAAGCUGGACUAUGAAUACCGCCAUGCGGAACUGAUGCAGCUGUACAUGGCUGCUAAGAAGGCGGGCGAUGAGAAUACCAUGGCACAGUUAGAGCAGUUGAUGGCGGAGAAUACGCGAGUGACGAGGCAAAAGAACUUUGAGGUUAGUCUGGUGAGUCACGACCCUGAUGUGGUAUGGCAGGAGGAUUUUGAGGAACCAGUGCACGACUUUAAAUACUAG